CUGCUCUUUCAGGAAGAACUGAAAACAUGACUUUUUCCUCGGUUUGCUGUUACUCCUUCUCAUGUUUAUAGCUUUGAUUCUCGCCUUCUGUAUCGGAGUCUUUUCUGUUUUACUUUUAGAAGCUUUUUUACUGUACAAAUGGUGGACUUUGACAGGAAAGGAUGCUCGGAAACUUUACCCACAGCGCACAAGAGUCACGAACCCCGAGUUUAUUGCAGAAUACUUCAAGAAAGAUAGCGCCACUGAAAAAGAAUCAUGCAUGAGCCUGAAUCUUCUACUUGCCUUUUUGUGGAGAGAAUGGAGAGAUUCUCAGCAGAUGAAAUCAUACUUUCUAAACAAGAUGAAUUCCGAAUUCUCAGAACUGAUGCAAGGCAAAGCAGCCAGGAAAUUGAUAGAACAGAUAACUAUUGAAGAACUCUCACUGGGGACGUCUCUACCUGUAAUUACAGGUGCCACUGUGAUGAAGAUAGGAACAAAAGAACCCCUGGAGGUCCCCCAAGAGUUGGAUAUUGCCCUUGACCUUGAGUACUCAGGGGGGUGCCAUAUGGCCAUACAGGUGGAUCUUGUAUUUAACAAGUCUGUGUACUUGUCUAUUAAGAUGGUUUCUCUGCGAGGCCGGGCAAGAGUGCAACUUAGUAGGCAUCCACUUACGCACUGGUCCUUUGCAUUCUAUGAGGAACCAGAAGUUGAAUUUGAAGCUGAAUCUCAGUUUGAGGGUAAAAACCUGCCUCAGUUGUCCUCUCUGAUAAUAAGUCAUCUGCGCAAGUCAAUUCAAAAGAAACACACCCUUCCCAGCUACAAGAUCAGGUAUAGCCCAUUCUUCUUAGAGCUCUCCCCUCAAGACGAGACCCAGGAGGUCUACGUUCACAACAGUCUGGCUACUGUUGGUAGUCUUGAAGUCACAGUGAUGGGAUGUACCCGUCUACCUGAAUUGGAGAACAGGGUGUGGCAGUAUUGCAGCUUGUCUGUGGACCCGCUUCCAUGGAGUCGGCUUGCUGAGAAUAAAAGAGCAAUGUGGCCAACAUUUGAGAUUGAGAUCAGUCGUGAGAGUAAUGAAAUCUCAUUUGGUCUGACCUUGAGUAAAGAGAUCAGUGAGGAUGAACUGGGAAAAAUCAUUGUGAUAGAGACCAUAGUCACGGAUUCUCCAGCACAUUCUGUUGGGGUUAUGGCUAAAGAUGUUCUUGUAGCAAUUGAUGGGCACAAGAUAGAAUCUCUCAAACAAGCUGCCAAGAUGAUUAAGAACAAAACCAGGUUCAUUGCCACUGUUCAAAGACCACCAACUAGAAUCACCCAGCCAACAGUAAGUGAUCAAGAAACCACAGAGACAGAUGGCAAAACUGUGGUGGACUUUAAGAAUGUAGCACUGAACAAUGACAGCGAUUCUGAAGAUGAAUUCGUGAAUAUUGUUGUGCCACUGUUUGAACAAGCUGACAGCGAAAUCACAAAGUCUGCUGUGAAGGAAAUGCUCUCCAGAAGCACUGAGCUGAGACAGAAAGCAGAAAAGAAAAUGAAAGGGAAACGAGGCAAGAAGACGGGCUCUAACAGCUCGACCACAGAGAAUAACACUUCAGCAAAGUCUUUAACUGAACGAGAUCAGAAGUUAACAGGCUCACAAACGAAAGACACAAGACUGGAUUCGUCAUCAGCUACACAUGGGACUGACACAGAUCACUCAGCUCAGGGAACCGACAAGAAGGCUGCUGGCAGCAGUACCGUCCCACCAGGAAACAAGCAGAGGAGCGUGUCAGUGUCUUCCAUCACAGCUGUAGAUGGACUAGACACCACGAAAACCAGUCUGGUGCCGGCAACAACGGAUCCAACCUGGAAUGAGACCAUGAAGUUUGAUAUCAUCAAGAAAGAUCAGUACCUUAAUGUCUGCAUCUGGAGCAGAUCACAAGAGAAGAAUGAGAAGGACAUUCUAUUGGGCUAUGUUACAAUUCCUUUAAUGGACAUUGCACUGCGAUGUUUGCUAUUAUCGUCAAAGACGCAUGAAGAGUGUUUUGUCUUGGUUUCCCCGCAUUCUGACAGGAUCAUAUCAAAUCAGCCAUAUCUUCGCAACCAUCCCGGUCUGAAAGAGAGGCUGUGCUGUGGUGACAUCACCCUAAUCUUUCGUCACACUCCAUCACUUGCAGACUGUGAUGAUUCUAUUCUGGAGAAAGUAGAGGCCCUCAAAGACUCGGAACCCGAGGAUGAAAACAAAGAAAAGGACACUCUGGAAAGUUUGGAGCCCCCCAAACAUCAGUUCAUUUUAACUCAGUUUUAUUUCCCCACAAGAUGUAGCUAUUGCAGCAAAAAGGUGUGGACCAAAGUUGCGUUCCAGUGUAGAACGUGUGCUAUGAUUUGCCACAAGAAAUGCUUACAGAAUUGCAUGAGCCACACGCACUGCAUACAUGCGUCCAAAUCGACGUCAGGGUGGUUUCGAAGACAACAGUCCAAGUCAGGAAACAGAGAGAAGGAAGCAAAACAACAAGCAGAUAUAAAUGCUAAGGACGGAAGCAAUGAGGCAUUAACUAAUGUGACAGAAGCUUCGAGUGAGUCAGAACCCGAACGGCUGGCUACCACGAGCGAGAAAGUAUCAGAUGAAGAUGAAAAGAAACAAAAUGGGGAAGGUGAUCAAACAGAGACAAGUGAUGAGUCACCAAGUACCGAGCGGACACCUGAUUCGAGUGAGGAUCAGUCAGCUGAGAGAAAAUCAGAAAUUCAAGCAAAUGACUUUGUAAAAGCUUCAGAAAGAGUGCGAGAGGCUGGCAGGGAGCUGUUCUCCAAUCUCCCACUGGAGGUUCGCAAAAACAAGUUGCAAGACAUGAUGGACAGAUUACAAGUGGAAAUUGACGAAGAAAACGAAACACGCACAGAAUUGUACGAGGAGAGGAGUAAAGCAAAGGACCGGAAGAAAAAGGCUGUGGUCGAGUCAUUACUAAGCAAAUCAGAAGAGAGAAGUCAGGCGCUUGCCAUGUUAAUGUUACAGUACUGUGCUGGCUAUCAAAGCUGUGUGGAGGCUGAAGAACUGGAUUCGUAUCAGCUGUGAGCAGUUACUCUGUGUUGCCAUAGUGACGAAAAAAUGAUUUGGCGGUCGCUUGGUUGACUUUGCGCCUCCGGAAAAUUCCGAACAACUGUCGAAGGUUACCGAGGAAUGCCCGAAAUGACUUCGGCCAUUCGGGUUUAUGUAGCAAUUGGUUUAUGCAAGAAUGGGUUCUCUUGCAGGAAAUGAUUCUUGUUUUAAUUUAUAUUUUUAGAGAUUUUAAAUACAUAUUUCCUCCUCAACGAUAAAUUUUGGGUUUUACUUUUAGCGUAGAUAAAUAUUUGUACAGCGUGCAUAAGGUUAUAAAAAUCAUGUUAACCCUGAAGGCGUCUAAAUUCGUAGCUUGAUCAGCAGCAUAACUCUCCGCUCUGUCUUACAUACAUUUUCUGUAGUUCUACUAGGGAGAAUUUGCUUCUUAAUUGUGUUUGUUUGGAUCUUUCUUCUCAACUACCGGUCUAUUUCGAUUGCUACAAUUACUAAAUCUGAACGUGUAUCGCAUUCGGAGCUAUUUAUUAAUUGUUCGUUCAUCAGUUAUAGGAAAACUGAUUUCAAGCAUCAGAAUUGACUUUAAAUAUUACAAGGGCAUACAAAUAUUUCUAUGAGAUAAUUUAUCGUUAAAGUAUAUUUAAAAGUUGUUUCAUUAUAAAAGCGAUCUUUGUAGAGUAUCGAUUAUAAUUUUUUGACUUUCUAAUUUUUGAUAAUCUUCUCACCUUAAGUUAAAACGUUCGUGUUUAGCGAGCGCUUGAUAUUUUCGAUCGGUAUCCUGGCGGCCAUCUUGGAGUCGCAAAACGUAGAGGGUUGGGACGAGAGAAUUGAGUCAGGAAGGGAGAAGGGAGGAGAGAGAGAAAACAACUUCCUUCUCCUACCUCUCCCCCUUCAUUCGUUUUUAAGCCUCGCGUAUCUCCCGGGGCCUUUUUCCCUCUCUUCCCAAGCUUCCACUGUUUUCAAAUCCAAGAUGGCGCUGGUCCGAUCAAAGUGCAGCGUCGCUCGUUAAACUACGCCGGCAUUGCAAGCUAGAAAAUCUUCACAACUCCAGAUUUUCGUUGUUCGGCCGCAAUCUUGCUCGUUUGAACUUGGAACCUUGCAGAUCAUUUGAGAACCUUAGGGAGCGUUCGGUAUAGUCGGCAAAACAGUGUCUUCUGUCUAAGCCAACGAGAAUUUAAUGAUGUUGUCUUCUAUGUUGUUGGAGAUUUUUAAUGUAAAUUUAGGUGACUGUACACUAGAGGGAAAACGGUCGAUAAGUCCAAGGAGAUGUGAAAAGCAACUGUGAGAGAUUAAUUAUAGUAAUAUUAGUUAAUAAUAAUAUUAAUAAGAAGUUGUAUAUACUUUAUUUCUGACAGGUUUACUUUCUAAUGAAAUGUAAUCAUUUGAUGAUUUGUUUUAUUUGCUUUAAGGGAAUUUGUAACUGAAUACCUUAACUAGAAGAGGAAGCGCCCUGGUUUAUUUUUUUUUCUCGGUCAAGAGGUGUAAAAAAGAUGGGAUAAAUUUCAUUGGUAGAGAUGGGAUUACAGCAUUAUUUUAUGCAACAAGUAUUAUUUUUUUUUAAUCGUGAGUUUUUAAAUUCUGUUAUUUUUGCCAAUUUCCGUUCAUUUCAGACGUCAAACUGUCCUUCUAAUCCAUCGAGAUAUUUAUCUUAGAAUGUAGUGAAAUAAAAUCAUUGAAACAUUACAAA